GUUCCUUUUUAAUGUGUUUGUGGCAAGUUAUUUCCUGUAUGUGUUUCCUCCUCUACAACAUUUAAGAGCAGUACAUCCUUGUAGACUCAAAGCACUAUCUGUCGUCCAUCAGUCAUCAUGAAUCUAAUAACCGCAUUUCUGCUAAUGAUCCUAACAGGACAUAGCACAUCUGAAUAUCUGCAGACACUCAUCUGCCCCUAUGAGAACAAGAGUAUAGCUCUGAACAGACCCAGGGUGUGGUGCAAAAGAGAUGCCCAGGAUGAAAACUGCUGUACAGGCUUCGCUUUCCAGCCAGGUGUCACCGUUUUGGAGCAAGGCAACAUAGAUGUGAAAGAUGAUGGAAAGUCCUUCACCAUCUUGGUAAAGACUCUCACGCAAGGUGAUGGAAUUUAUUGGUGUGGGCUCAUGACUGAAAAUAAGAACAUCGUUAAACUGGCUGAGAAUUACUUUACCAAUGCUACAUUUAACUUUGCUUGGUCCAUCAUCCGCUGGAUUAUAUUUAUUUUGCUCCCUGCGACGAUCAUUGCAACUCACAUUUAUUCAAACAGUGAGUCCUCACAAACCAGCACAAUAAUAAAAACCUCAAUAGCCAACUAAAAAAUGCUUUGAACAC